AUGAGAGCGAGAGAUUUUUUCAUGGUCCUAUCUAUCUAUCUAUCUAUCUAUCUAUCUAUCUAUUCAAAUUUGUCUAUCUACCUCAGCUUGUUCAUAUCUCUCUGUCUAUCUCUUGUUUUUGUUCUAUCUCAAUUUGUUCAUAUUUAUUCUAUCUAUCUAUCUAUCUAUCUAUCUAUCUAUCUAUCUAUCUAUCUAUCUAUCUAUCUUGAUCUAUAUCUAACUAUUUCACAACAAAAUUUCAUAUCUAUCUCAAUUUUUUUCAUAUCUAUCUAUCUAUCUAUCUAUCUAUCUAUCUAUCUAUCUAUCUAUCUUGAUCUAUAUCUAACUAUUUCAGCUUGUUCAUAUCUAUCUCAAUUUGUUCAUAUCUAUCUAUCUAUCUAUCUAUCUAUCUAUCUAUCUAUCUAUCUUGAUCUAUAUCUAACUAUUUCAGCUUGUUCAUAUCUAUCUCAAUUUGUUCAUAUCUAUCUAUCUAUCUAUCUAUCUAUCUAUCUAUCUAUCUAUCUAUCUAUCUAUCUAUCUAUCUAUCUUAACUUUUUAUCUAUCUAUAUACUUAUAUUCUGUUCAUGUCUAUCUAUCUAUCUAUCUAUCUAUCUAUCUAUCUAUCUAUCUAUCUAUCUAUCUAUCUAUGAAACUACCUACGUUAUUAAUCUAUCAGUUUAUCUAUCUAUAUACUUAUAUUCUGUUCAUGUUUGUCUAUCUAUCUAUCUAUCUAUCUAUCUAUCUAUCUAUCUAUCUAUCUAUCUAUCUAUCUAUCUAUCUAUCUAA